AUGAAGCUCACAUCAUGGGCAACCUGCUCGCUAGGGCUCAUUGCUGGAGUGUUAGGUAUCGAGAGACCUGAGCUUUUCAAAGGCUUACCAAAUUGUACUUCUCCGUGUCUCGAUCUGUAUAGCGACUCGAUACUCGAUAUCACCGACAUUUGUAACGACAAAAGUCUAAAGAAUGAAAUCGAUAAUUGCAUCGCGCAUCAAUGUUCCGAUUUCGAACGUUUCGAAGUCGCGAAGAUUUAUACCAACGCAUGUGCCGAGAAACCCGAGGAUAAUCGAUUCGACCAUUACAUCCUCUUGCUUGCAGAGGUUCCAGCAUGGACUUUUGUUUGGCUUCGACUUUACUUGGGCUGGGUUACCUAUGAAAGACUUGCUUUGGACGACUAUGUGAUGACAGUAUGCGGAUUGAUAUAUACGGCGUUCAUCCCACUUGUUCACCUUUCAUACACCGCAGCCGACAGCACAAUUGACUCGACUACAAUCCCUGGGUUUAUCACAGACGCCCUCAAGUUUGUUUACCUGACCGAAAUAGCCGAGAUAGCCUGCUCUUGUCUGUUGAGAGUAUCGAUACUGCUCGUCUGUCUCCGCACAACUCUUUCCAGUCAUCACAUGAUAGCUACAGGCGCAACUAUCGUUUUCACACUCGCGUCCUCCAUCGUGCUGAUCUUGCUGCGUGUAUUCCGAUGUUCGCCGAUUGCAUUUUCUUGGGAGGCAUGGGCUCUAAGAGCAUUCGCUCUUGCGGUAUCUGGCCUUCGAGCUCAACUUCUGGUCGACUUCUUUACAAAAAUGAAACCGGUAUGGGAAUACCAUGAUCGGCUUAUCUGGAUGGACAUCGAGAUUGCUGUCCUGAUUCUAUGGGCGUGCUCGCCUGUCUGGCAGUUCUUCGCCGACUCGGAUUCCAACGACAGCGAGGUGCAAAAUCAAUCGACGUUGCUGAUCACCAACACCGACACCCCCACGAAAAGAGGGACGAAUUAUAAAUCAACAAAAACAGCCAUUCGAAGUACUGGAUUCUUAGGAAUGUUGACAAGAUCGCGCACAAAGAAGAAAUUCUCACCGGCCUUGCAUCUGGGAGACAAGACAUAUGGAGAUGUCAGGACAGAGAUACAAGGAGGUCAGAGAUUCUCCAUGAUUUCGCAAUUCACCGACUUGAUUGGUAUUCAGGUCAAGACGAGGACAGUCAGGCGUGUGGAAGAUAAUGAAUGGGACGCGGAGAAGGGAGUUGCCAGAGCGAACAUAAAGGCUGACGACUAA